AUGAGUGAUGUAAUUUCAUCAGAAUCUAUGAACACUUUGGGUGUCAUAGAUUCGAAAAUCAUGGGCAUUCUCAAUCCAACAAUGCAUCAUCAUGAUCUAUUACAAAGCUACGUGCGUGCACCGGCGGAGAGCACUUCAAACUCGAAACAAUCCGGAGAAUCGGAGAAUCUCGAUAAAACCCCUUCAUCUUUGGGAACCUGUCUCGAUACAGAAUUCACCGACGGCGUUGAUAAAGAAAGUCGCGUCGACGGUGACAAGAAAAAGAGAAAGAACGAUAAACAGCAACCAAAGAGCAAAUCUGAUAAAUUGUCAGUCGAAUCGGAAAUGAGUAUUCAAAAGAAAAAAAAAUGACGUCGGCAGAACAACGGUGCUCGUCGUCAAGAAGAGGUAUACACCGAUAAGGAUCGUGCUGCCGCCGUAAAUA